AUGGCCGAGUCAGCGUCCCCAAUUGGCAUUGCCAACCUCCCCAACCAGCGGCACAAGAUUGUCGCCAAGCGCGGUGCCGCCUUCACCAUCAUGGUGGCCGGAGAGUCUGGCCUGGGCAAGACCACCUUCAUCAACACGCUCUUCUCCACCACCAUCAAGAAUUACGCCGACCACAAGCGCCGCCACAACAAGCAGGUCGACAAGACUGUCGAGAUUGAGAUCACCAAGGCUGAGCUCGAGGAGAAGUUCUUCAAGGUCCGUCUCACCGUAAUCGAUACACCCGGCUUCGGCGACUACGUCAACAACCGUGACUCCUGGCAACCCAUCAUCGAGUUCCUCGACGACCAGCACGAGUCGUACAUGCUCCAGGAGCAGCAGCCUCGCCGCACAGAGAAGAUUGACCUCCGUGUCCAUGCCUGCCUCUACUUCAUCCGGCCCACCGGCCACACGCUCAAGCCGCUGGACAUUGAAGUGAUGAAGAGGCUCUGCACUCGCGUCAACCUCAUUCCGGUCGUCGCCAAAGCUGACACCUUGAGCCCGACGGACCUUGCUCGCUUCAAGCAGAGGAUACGCGCGGUAAUCGAAGCCCAAGGCAUAAAGAUCUAUCAGCCCCCUCUCGAGGAAGACGACGAAGCCGGCCUGCAGCACGCCCGCAGCCUCAUCUCCGCCAUGCCCUUCUCCGUCAUCGGCUCCGAGAAAGACGUCCAGACCAACGACGGCCGCACCGUCAAGGGCCGCCAAUACGCCUGGGGCGUCGCCGAAGUCGAGAACGAAGACCACUGCGACUUCAAGAAACUCCGCGCCAUUCUCAUCCGCACCCACAUGCUCGACCUGAUCCACACGACCGAGGAGACGCACUACGAAGUCUACCGCGCCCAGCAGAUGGAGACGCGCAAGUUCGGGGAGGCGAGGCCACGGAAGUUGGACAAUCCCAAGUUCAAGGAGGAGGAGGAGGCGCUGCGGAAGAGGUUUACCGAGCAGGUCAAGGUUGAGGAGCAGCGGUUUAGGCAGUGGGAGCAGAAGCUUAUUUCGGAGCGGGAUCGGCUGAAUAAGGACUUGGAGCAGAGCCAUGCGGUUAUCAAGCAGCUGGAGGUUGAGGUUGAGGGGCUGCAGGGGAGCGUUACUAGGUCGCAUGGUCGUCGCUAG